AGCUGCUCUGCUGACAUCGAACUCAUACUGGACAUGAAGCUGGAAGCUGGUGGACCUUAAGGGAACAUGUUUGGCCUUGGUACAAUCGAUCCGAAUGUUCGGGCGAUAGGAGGAUCACAAGAGCAUGACCUGCACAGACGAGCUGGCCAGAUCAGAGCUGAGCUGCAGCAAGGUGUGAGUAAGCCUUUCAGUGACGUCAUUGAUGUCUCAUCUGGGGACUCCCACCUGACCGGCAUGAUGCCCGUGACCUUCGUGCGACAGGUGAUCGCGGCGUGUCUUUGCCCGGCACUCAUCCAUUCAGACGACCUGCCUGUGGACGUGAGGCGGCGAGCCCAGGACCUGUUGGCACAGCUCGAUGGGGAGAGCAUGGGUUCAUACACAGAUUCAUGUGGAGCACCCAAUGUGCAGCGCAGUGUGGCUGAGUUCAUCACCAGGCGAGACGGGGGGGUGCCUGCAUCCCCUCAAAAUAUCUUCAUCUGUGGAGGAUCCCAGAGGGCCUUGGCGCUACUUUUGGAAAUUCUCAUUCCUAAUGACGGGCCACCUUACACUGGGGUUCUAACACCAGUGCCAACAUACAAAACGUUCACCAUGCUCCUGGAAGAAACGGGCACUGUGAUGGUACCUUAUCAGCUGUGUGAGGAACAGGGCUGGGUGCUGCAAAUAGAUGAGCUGCGGAGAGCCCUCCGAGACUCAAGGGGGCACUGCAGUCCCAAAGUACUCUAUGUUAUCAACCCAGGGAACCCCACAGGUCAUGUGCAAACUAUGAAAUCAAUCGCAGAGGUUAUUCAGUUUGCAGCUGAAGAGGAGCUCUUUCUUUUAGCUGAUGAGGUGUAUCAGGACACAGUGCAUGGAGACAACAGUGAGUUUAUCUCCUACAAAAGGGUGCUAUUCGAAAUGGGGGGAGAGUUCUCUGAAACAGUGCAGAUGGCCUCAGUCCACUCCGCCUCCAAGGGCUACAUGGGAGAGUGUGGCCUCCGUGCUGGAUAUGUGGAGCUAGUGAACAUUGACCACACUGUGAUGCCUUUUGCCGAGUGGCUGAUUGGCACAAAAAUCUGUGCACCGGUGCCAGGUCAGGUUGCUUUGGACAUCAUGGCGCGUCCUCCUCAACCUGGAGACGCUUCUUAUGUCCAGUACACACAGGAGGUCCAGGCCAUUCAGGAAACUCUGGUUCAUAAUGUACGCCGAGCUCAGGAGGUUCUAAACAGUCUGCCAGGCAUGAGUUGCCAGUUGCCAGAGGCAGGAAUAUUUGUCUUCCCUCGCUUGCAAUUCCACCCACAGGUGGCGGAACAUGCCAAGAAGGCUGGAGUAGAUGCUGACCUGCUCUACAGUAGGAGAUUGUUGGAAGAUUCCGGGGUGUGUGUCAGUCCUGGGUGUGAAUACGGUCAGCGGGAUGGAACACACCAUCUCAGACUAUGUGUGCUGAUCCCCACCAACACGCUGGACGAGAUGCUGACACGCCUGACACGCUUCCAUCUCCGGUUCAUGGCGGAGUUCUUUUAACUGAUCAUGAACUCCCACUUGAAUCUGCACCAUCUACAUGCAUCAUAUGUCUGCUUCUUCUAUCCUGGUGUUUUUUGAUGAUUAACCAUCACAAGCUAAAAUAGAUGUAUAGAGUACACCCAUUUGUAUUGUUUGUUUUGUUCAUUUUGAAGAAUGCGGUUAACUCUCCGCCCAGUUUCAAAGCAGUAAUUAUGGCUUUUUGCUUAGUGAAAUACCACGUUACUAUUGUAAUUCAAUGGGCGGAUUACUGAAAAUGCCACAGUCAACUGACUGACACUCUUCACAGUCAAGGGCUUGUAAAAAAACAUUUCCCAUGAACUCCUCUGUGUGGGUUUCCUCUGGAAACUCUGGGUUCACCCCACAGUCCAUGUCACAAACCAAGCACAUCUCCUGCCUCGAGAAAAACAUAUCCAUUUCUCAGUAAGUGCUGAAUCACAAACAUUCGCUUAAUAACCGCCGAGUACCUCAGAGUUGUGGGUGUGACCAUGCAAACGGUCACUGAGCUGCAAGCGUGUCGCAUUACUUGACGAUGCUUGAACAUUGAAAACAUGCAGGUGGCAGAUGUUCGAGAGGAGGUGUGUGCUGGUCUCAAAUUUUCUUUGAUUUCAUAAAUAUUUAAUAUGAAUAUGUAUUUUAAAUACUGUAUUGGAACUGAGGUUUGUAUAUUUACUGAAAAUAAACCAUCAUAAUUAUCAGUGCAACAUCAAA